UGUUUAGGCCUAUAAGUUCUUAUCUCCUUAAAGAUGAGGUGAAUCUCUUGUUUGGAUUUCUAGUGCUUUUUUGGCCCUUCACUUAGAUAUCUAAGGAUAAAACCAUUCUCACUCGCCCCAUUUUUUUGGGUUAUGGUCUAUUCUAUGUACCAUACACCUAACCUAACUUCUCUUCAUCUUAUAUAUCAUCAUUUCAUACUACAUAUAAUAGCCUCUAACUAAUAAAUAUCUUCUUCUCAUAUACUCUUAUUGUACCAUAUUAUUUCUCUCUUUUGAUCUCCUUCACAUUAUACUACUUGCACUUUUCUAGUCUUUUUUUUGUUUGUUUAUGAAACUUUUUUGCUUUCUUCUUCUAUAUUUUAUUCAUUGAAACAUACAUUCUUGGGAUUCAUAUUUCAAUAAAUAGUCCUCCUUCUUAGAGAUAUUGUGUCUUGUCUAUUCUCACAUUUAGAGUGGAGGAAUUGGAAAAUGCAUUAUAACUACCACCAUCAUCACCAUUUUCACUCCCAACCUUGCUUGCAUUGUCAUCCACAUAGCUACAUUAGGAUGGUUCAACAUCUUAUCGAAAGGUGCUUGCUCCUUCAAAUGGAUCGUGACCAGUGCAUCAAGGCUUUGGCAGAACAUGCAAAAAUCAGGCCUCUAAUCACACUUACAGUUUGGAGGGAGCUUUGGAAAGAAAAUAAGGACUUCUUUCAAGCAUAUUUCCAUGGUCAAGCCUCUCCUAGACCACUUUUAUAUAGACAUGUUCAACAACCACCAAGAUUUAUAAGAAAGCGACGAUAUCAUUGGAGGUGAUCAAGAGAAAAUCCAAACUUGAUCUUGUAAUAUACUACUAAUCUCUCGUUUCAGUUUAUUUGUUACGUUUUGAUAAAAAAAUUAUCACAAUUUUAAUUAAGGUGUAACUAAUAAAUUAAAACAGAGGAAAUAGCUAUUAGGUGGAUGAUUUGAGAUAAUAAUUCCGUCAUGAAUAUCAUUAGCUAGGGAUAUUAUAGGAUGGAGUUGAAUACUUCAUAUAUAUGUAUCGUGUACGUGCGUUUCAGCUUUAUAGUAAUAGAAGUAUAUAUGAUAUGUAGUUCGGUCUUCC